AUGUUUGAUGAAAUAUANAAUCGAAAUCCAUCGACCAAGGAUGUGUAUAAUAUGAGUAUUGGGACAGUCAUUGAUACAACUAUCGUACAUCCAUAUCAAAAUAACUUUUAUCUUAACUCUGAUAAUGAAUUCCAAGGUGUUAAUCAUCCAUCACUUUAUCAUGUAUUAUUGGAUGAAAUAGGUUUUACUGCAGAUGAAUUACCAUUAUUAACGUAUCAUUUAUGUUUUACGGAUCCUCGAUCAUCAGCAGCUGAAGCUAUUCCAUCGGUCGUACACCAAGCCGAUAUAGCAGCAUUGAAAGCACGAGAUUUAUUUUAUGACGAUGAACGUUCAUCAGCAACAAGUGUUGGUGGACGAAGUCAACCAUUGCGCGAUCCACAACUAAGUGAUUUAGAUUUUAAAAUUCUUGAGGUACAUGAAAAUCUUAAAAAUCGACCCGUAUUUGGCUAA